AUGGGUAGAUGGGGUGGUGGUGGAUGGGAAUGGGAUCUAAGGUGGAGGAGAGAUCUCUUUGAGUGGGAGAAAGAAUUACUUGCUGAUUUAUUGCAGGCUAUUGGAGUUGUUUCAGUGAUCAGAGACAAGCGGGAUAGCUGGUGUUGGACUCUAGACUCAUCCGGCGGCUACACUGUCAAAUCUGCAUUCGCGUUUAUUGCUGAUGCGGAAAGAGGGGAUGGAGAGAGGACCGGGGACAACAUGGAUCAUGCGUUUUUUAAGGGAAUUUGGUGCAACUUAGUUCCGUCAAAGGUUGCGGCACUAGCAUGGAAGAUUGGCCUACAGAGGAUGCCAACUAUGGCUAACAUUAUAAGAAGUGGGGUGCAAAUUCAGAAGUGGGGUGCUGUGUAA